AUGGAGUUUGCUCCCUCCCUCAUUGGGCGGACAAUAGCGCGCUGGCGCACCUCCACGCGCACACAUUCACAGAGUGGAGUCUAAACUCGGUCCGCUUUUUAGACAACUUUUCACCUUAAAGGCGCUUUUAGGGAAUAAACACGCUGAGGAAUACAGUCUAUUUUCUGUUGCCUUCUUGCACACAAUGGAGGAGUGAAGUCUUUAUUUUUCUUCAGAUGGGAAUUACAUGCGCGCGUGAAACUUUGGCUCACUUUUCUCCUCAGUGAUCGUCAGACCCGUUUCGCUCGAAACAUGCCGGAGCGAAUAAGUAUUUCGGACUUUGUGGUCCUGACAAACGAGGAUUUGUCUUCGCCGGGGACUUCAAGUUUUCAGUCCAAAAUGAGUGACUGUCGGAACACAGUUUCAACCGUGGAGGAGUCUCUGGAAAUGGACCACACAACUCUACAGAGGAUGAAGAAGAUGAUCAAAACUAUACACUCUUCUGGACUCUCCCAUGUGGACAACAAUGAGCAGUAUAUUGAGGUGCUGGAGAACCUGGGGAAUAGCCACCUGACCCAGGACAACAACGAAGUCUCCACAGGCUUCCUCAACCUGGCUGUGUUCACCAGAGAGGUCACAGCCCUCUUUAAAAAUCUGGUGCAAAACCUCAACAACAUCAUGUCGUUUCCUUUGGAAAAUGUGCUGAAGUCAGAACUCCGGGACAGCAGACUGGAACUCAAGAAACACAUGGAGAAGAGCUGGAAGGAGUAUGACAUAAAAAUAGGGAAGCUAGAGAAGGAGAGGAAGGAGAAGACCAGGCAGCUGGGGAUAAUCAGGACAGAUGGAUCAGAUGGAGGGGAGGACAUGGAGAGAGAGAGAAGGACCUUUCAGCUGCAAAUGUGUGAGUAUCUUUUGAAAAUCGAGGAGCUCAAGGUGCGUCAGGGCCCUGAUCUUCUCCAGAGCCUCAUCAAAUAUUUCCAGGCCCAGCUCAGUUUCUUUCAGGAUGGGCUGAAAGCUGCAGAGAAUCUUGCUCCUUUUAUCGAGAAGCUUGCUGCUUCUGUUCACACGGUGCGUCUGGACCAGGACGAGGAGGUAAAACAACUGACUCAGUUGAGGGAUUCUCUCAGAUUACUUCUGCAAGUAGAGGGGAAAGAGGAGUACCUGAACAGGAAGAACUCUGGCAAUGGGUAUAGCAUCCACCAACCACAGGGCAACAAGAAGUAUGGGACAGAGAAAUCUGGCUUCCUGCUCAAGAAGAGUGAUGGAAUCAGGAAGGUGUGGCAGAAGAGGAAGUGUGGAGUGAAAUUUGGCUGCCUGACCAUUUCCCACAGUACGAUCAAUCGACCGCCAGCCAAGUUGAAUCUACUGACCUGUCAGGUGCGACCGAACCCAGAGGACAGAAGGACCUUUAAUCUGGUCACUCAUAAUCGGACAUACCAUUUCCAGGCAGAAGAUGAGCAAGAAUGUAUGAUUUGGGUAUCAGUGCUGCAGAACAGUAAGGAGGAGGCACUGAACACAGCGUUAGGAGGAGACCAGCUCCACCUCCAGGACAGCGGGCUCCAGGAACUUUCCCGAGCCAUCAUCGCAGAGCUUCGGCACAUGUCUGGCAACGAGGCCUGCGCUGACUGUGGAGCUCCAGAUCCAACAUGGCUGUCGACCAAUUUGGGCAUCCUGACCUGCAUAGAGUGCUCAGGCAUCCACAGAGAGCUGGGUGUCCACUACUCCAGGAUCCAGUCACUCACUCUGGACCUACUGAGCACCUCUGAGCUUCUGUUGGCUGUCAGUAUUGGCAACACCAGAUUCAAUGACAUCAUGGAGGCAGGCCUUCCAAAUGACUCUGUCAAACCAUUGCCACAAAGUGACAUGAAUGCCAGAAAGGAGUACAUUGUGGCGAAGUACGCUGAGCGUCGGUAUGUCCUGCGCAGAGAAGAAGCAGAUCCUGGCCGGCUGUAUGACACUGUGAGGAGUCGUGACAUCAAUUCUCUUCUACAGCUCUACGCCGAGGGAGCGGACCUGGCCAAACCACUCGCACUGCCUGAUGGACAGGGGAUCAGAGAGACAGCUCUCCAUCUUGCUGUGCGUCUGGAGGAAAGAAGCUCUCUGGCGCUGGUGGAUUUCCUCUGUCAGAACAGCAACUGUCUGGAGAAAAGAACAGCAGAAGGAAACACAGCUCUUCACUACAGCGUCCUCCAUCACAAGCCCGAGUCUCUCAAGUUACUGCUCAAAGCAAAGGCAGCCCUACACAUAGUGAACUCUGCAGGAGAGACAGCGCUUGAUAUUGCACGGAGGCUGCAGCACAUGCAAUGUGUCGAGCUGUUGGAGCUGGCGCAGAGUGGAAAGUUUAACUCUCAGAUCCACGUGGAGUUCAUGUGGGAGACGCAGUCUCAGGAGUUUUAUGACAGUGAGGAUGACCUGGAUGAGAGGGUGAGCCCACUACCCAAAAACCGCUCUCCUCUAUCCUCAAAUGGAGGUGGUGGAGCUUCCUUUGCCCGCUGGAGUAUGGGUAAUGGUGCCAAUGGUAAUGCGGGAAGCAGGCCUUGUCAGACAUAUGAGAAUCUAGACUUCCUAUACAGAAAUUCUCUGGCCAACAGUGCCCCCUCUGGGGCAUCAGCGCCCCCACCACUGCCAGCUAAAUCCAUCCAAAGAGGUCGCUCUGACCCCCAGAUUUCGGUCACAACACAGGAGGGCAACCCCCUUCCACGACGCUGCUCUAACCCAGCUUCCCACUCCAGUCCCCAGACACAGGCGAGACAUAGGCCUCCUUCACCUAACACAGACAACCAAGGCCAAGUGGGGAGACCACCUAGGUCUCCCCACGGACAGGGAGGUCUGCUCAGGGGGCAGAAGCAGACCUGGGAGGGCCAACCUGGUGCUAGUUCUGGGUCUCCAAGCAGUGUCACACCAACAUCCUCUCUGAACCACAUAGGGCCUGUCAGUUCAGAGAAGACCACAUCGUAUCGUCGGACCAGCAGUGGAGGAGGCAGCCAGGGGAAGUGUGGUGUAUUGUCUCAAAGCUGUGUGGGCAGCCAGGAGGAGCUGUACUGCAGCUUAGUGGGAAAUAGUCCGGGCCUCACCCCAGCUCCAGCUCCAGCUCCAGCACCGUCAUCCUCGCCUACUGUGACCUGUGCCCCACGACACCGCAGGAACGCUAUGAUUUCUGGCAGCAGGCCACAUCAGAAGCGUGUCAAGGCUUUGGUGGACUGCAGAGCAGUCAGUAAUGAACAGCUUGCCUUUUUCAAAGAGGAGAUCAUUGUGGUCACGGCCACUAAUGACCCCCACUGGUGGGUUGGUCACAUAGAGGGGGACCCAUGCAGGAGUGGGACCUUUCCUGUCAACUAUGUACACAAACUGACCGACUGAAGGGACAUGGAUAUAUGAAAGUACUGUAUGGUAACAUAGCAGAGGAACUGAACCAGCAUAGGAUGUUUAUUGGAAACUUAUGGUCACCACACAGUGGAUUUUACCUACAGGAAAGGACAGAGUUGUUCUCCUGGAUCUAACUCAAACUAGAGGGUUUGAGCAAACUGAAAAUAUUUCCAUGAGGAUAUACUAGCCAAAGGAUACCAAAGGAUAUAAAUGUUUCAGGGAUUUUUACCCUUUAACAUUUACUUAUCCCAGAAACCAACAAGGGAACUGAAGGCUUUCAAAGCCACAUAAAACCUCUUAUUCCAAGGACAAUUUUUAAAAAUCUUUUCCCCUGUUGGUCUGUCUUUGGUUUUUUAACUACAUCAUGUUUCUCCAGUUGUCUAAAACCAUGAACCACUAUUAAUAUGUAUGAAUGCAUUUGUGGUUGUGGUAAAAAAAACUGCUCUUAUGUCCAUUUAACCAUUAAUGACACAUUAUAUUGCAGAUGUUUAAGUUGUUGGUACUGAUCUCGGAUCUGUACAUAGAGGCAAAACUUACCUGCAGGGCAAAACCCUUUAAGGCACUUUAAUCUCAUUGAGAAGAAAUCUUCUGAAGAGUUGACAGAGUUGUAAAUGUGUACCCAGCCAGCUGCUGUAUAGGGAUGUAGCUGCUUUUUGUUCUGAACAGAAACUGUCUAGCCUUUUAACUCACAGUAUACUGAGACUUGGAUUUGAGGUUCAAACCUGCUCAGUGUGUGUUGCAGCCUGCCCUGGGACUCUAAAUGUGGCUUUGUGCCUGCCAGUCUGUCUCCAACAAAACGCCAGGCGUCUGGGCAGCCCGGGGAGAGAUCUGAAACUUUAGCUCAGCCAUCUUGGCUCUGGGCACGGCUCACUGGCUGGAAGGAGAGUGGAGGAUCCAGUUUCUUUUGGCUCCCGGCAUCUGUCUCUGGAGAACCUGGAAUAACAACGGCGUGUUAUUUAAAAAACAAAAAACAAAAAAAAAAAACCUCUCUCUGUUUUACCAGGAAAUGGCACUUAGAGAGCUUGUUAGUAACAGCACCCCACCCUUGCAGUAAUUUGUUCAGUGAACACACAUUUACUGUGGGCACGUGUGUAUCACCAGAUAUACAUAAGCACAUUUGCACUUACUGUACACAGAGAGUAGCGUCUAGGAUUUAGGAAGAAAGAAGAGUUGGGAGUGGGAGAGGUGUAACUGCUCCACCUUUUAUACUAGUAACAAAUACCCAAAUGUAACACAUUUCACAGCUAUUAAACACAAUUUGUUGUACAUACUUGUCUAAAAAUAUCCACUGAUGUACAGUAUAUAUCACCUGUUUUCUCAUCUGUUAUGCAUUAUAAAGGAUUGUAUCAUUACGGAUAGUGUUACUUCAUGUUGGUAAUUUGAUGUCCUCUGAUUUGAUGUCAUGUGUCCUCAGUUCUGUUUCAUUAAUUGUCUAAAUGGCUGUCAGAGAGAGAAAAAAGAAUGGUAUAGACACAGUUGCAUAAUCAGUAUUCAGAAAGGAUACCAUUUCAACUGAAAACAAACAGUGAUGAGUAAAGGCAGACAGGAAGCAGGUGUUCACUUCUUUUUAAUCAUUCCUGAGUCUAAACAAACUAACGAGGAGUCUGUUUACUUGUCACUGUUUCUGCUGAUAUUGACUUGUUACAGUGUUGAUGAUUAAGCAAACAAAUCAUGAGACAGGCGUGUUAUCAGAUAAUUGUGAAGCAGUGGAUGACUGCAUUAGAAUACAACUGUAAGUAGGAACUGUCAAAUGUAAACAAUAGUAAAUUAACAAAUUUUAGUCAGUAUAUUUGUAACAUACACAUGAAACAUGUUUAAUAAAGUGCCAUACAGCUUUUUAUAGUGUAAAUUAUGUGAUAUUUUUCUGUAUCUGGUGUAUGUAGAGUGGACUAAUGUAGCAUAUUAUACCUACUUCCUUGUGAUGUGUAUUAUAAAACUCAUUGUGACAAGG